GUUUGGCACACUGCGACACUCUGAGCGGAGGUCUCGAAACAUUCGGCUAACAUUGCUCUCAGUGAGGAACUAGAGUCUACUCAAUUCGACAGCUGUCUCCCAAGCAUGCAAUCAUGUCAAUGUCUAGGUCUAUGUCUGUUCCGGUUACUGUAGGAGAUCAACGGCGUCCAAUGUUGACCGAUUACCCACUGGACGAGGAAACUUGUAGCAAACUGGUCAUAAUGGGCUUGGGGAUGGGGGUGAGUUGCCUUGAGUUUAGUGACCAUAUGUUGGACCAACAGAUCAACCCCGUGUCGUCUCCACUUCUUCAACUGACGAUAGGAAGCGGCUACAACUCUUUCAAAACCGAUGUUCAAGACUGGUACAAGCUACGCCGUGAGAUGCACGGAAGUCUGAAGACGCCAUCGGCCUCGCCUGUCCACAUCGACGUCGCUAUCAACGCGGAGCGCAAGAAAGAGUCACGCAUUUUGCAACGAUACGAAGGCCAAAAGGUCCACACGAGAACCAUCUAUUUUGACAUUGGAAGGAGAUCUCGAGCUACAGAAGCUAGAGAAGCUAGAGAAGCUAGGGAAGCUAGAGGGGCUGAAGAUCUAGAGCACAGUGAUCAGACAUCUCUUCCUCUGUCUAGUAUUAACGAGGCUGGUGGUGGUGACAACCAUUCUUUGUCUCGUCUUGAUGAGAUCAUCAAAGAGAAAGAGAAAGAGGAAGAUUUGCAAUGUGAAGACAAGGUCGAGGUUUGCAAGUCGAUAUUACGCCAUGAGAAUCGGGGAGCUACUCACUUCAUCUCUUCCAUUGACCUGGGAGCAAAGGUCUACCGCACUAAAAAGGUCGUCGUUUCUCAAACCGCAUCCAAGUUGUCAGUGAUCGCUGGGGCAGUGGCUCUUAGCACUGCCGGGGUAGGCGUUGAAUUUAGCGAAGAAGACCUAUCUCGUGCUUCUAAGUACGACAGUAACGUUUGUGCUACCAUAGACCCCAGGGUCAUAAUGAAGGGAGCGAAGACGGUGGUACCAGCAGAUUGUGAGCGAGUUAUUGGGCAUGAUGUGAGUCCCGUGUGGGUACUCGUGAGUGAUCCGGUAUGGCGAGAGGCAAUGAAGGAUGCGUCUCUGUUGUACGUGAGAGAAGAGCUAGCUAAGUCACGACCAAUUAUUGCUGCGGGCGGACCAUUUUUGAUCAAAGCUGGCAACUUCUGUCUGAGAGGUACCACAACAUCUCAACGUCGAGCACGAAAUAAUGUGAGUGAAAGCCACCCUGACGCUAUGAGACUGCAACUUGAGGACACCGUUGAAGACAGAGAGCAGUCCGACGGACAACAAAACGGGGAACCAACAGCUACCAGUAUAAAUCAAUCGGGACGAGACGAAGAAACGGAUUGCCGCAACAUCGGAAACGUGAGACUAGAGGCAGCCAACGAAUCCACAAUUAAGACAGUUGAAAGGAGCGACGAAUUUGAAUUCUUUGUUGAUGUUCCACGCUAUCGGAGCAGCCGGGUAUUUGACCUCGAUCCUGACGAGGAUGACGAUCCUAUGGAAGAUCCGAAGUUUGGAUUUUACAUCUACUGCAAAGUAAACGACACCAAGCUAUACUUGUGCGCAGACUCGGAAGACGAGAGCAAGGUUUGUCUCGUCACCAGCGUUCCGCAUCCAAAUGCUUACGCUCGAUUUUACGUGGAGUUCUCUAGUACGCGCCGUCUGGCUCCCGUUUCUCGUUGGGCAAAGGAUUCGUUGCACGUGUUGAGAAGGACCGCUUACUUGAAACGCCGUCAGUAUCUUGUCAUUGAUGCACAGACUGGAGAGUUGUCGUUUACUUCUGGAGGGGACCUUCUUCGUAACCAGAGAGCAGUGUGUCAGUUUACAGUGGUUAACAUGCCGAUCAAAAAAUAGUGACUGUGAUAAGGACAAUUGACACUUGACUUCGUUGUAAAUGCAGCUAAUUGAUUGGACAUUAUAGUGCUGAAUUUUGGUAUCACCUGUAAUCCAUCUGUAGAAGCCCACGUCAUGAAGUUGCUUUGUUUCAACUGAAUUUACUAUCUUUGUAGUUUUGACUCUUUCAUUAUUUUUUUGUGUUUUUCGUAAAAUAACAGGGUGGAGAAGAAGAUAGAGUAUGUAAUAAAGACAUGGUGUUUUGAUCA